CCAAACGCAGACCUCUCAAUAAACCAAGCGGAUUGUAACUGUUUUGAGUCACAAUUACGGCAUGGCUCAUACUUGUAUUCACUGGUUCCGCAAGGGACUCAGGCUGCAUGACAACCCAGCUCUGAUGGCUGCUCUGAGGGACUGUAAGGAGCUGUACCCUGUGUUCAUCCUGGACCCUUACCUUUAUAACAACACCCUUGUGGGUAUCAACCGCUGGAGGUUUCUCAUUGGAUGCCUCAAAGACCUGGACUGCAGCCUCAGGAAACUCAACUCCAGGCUGUUUGUUGUGCGAGGGAAGCCAGAGGAAGUGUUCCCCAAGCUGUUUGAGAAGUGGAAAGUCACAAAGUUAACCUAUGAGUACGACACAGAGCCCUACAGCCUGAGCCGGGACAAAACGGUGACCACACUGGCCAAAGAACAUGGAGUUGAAGUCGUCUACAAAAUCUCACACACUAUUCAUGAUAUGGACAGGAUAAUUGAGGAAAACAAUGGGAAGGCCCCCCUUACUUAUAACCGUUUUCGAACAAUAUUGAAGACUAUAGGUAACCCUAAGAAACCCAUCCCUGCACCAGCUAUCGAAGACACUAAAGAUGUGAAGACGCCUUGUUCAGAAAACCAUGACAAGAAUUAUGGGAUACCUACUCUUGAGGAUCUCGGUCAUGACACCACAACUCUGGGAGAGGAGAAGUUCCCGGGAGGAGAACAGGAGGCUCUGAGGAGAUUAGACGAAAACAUGGCAAGAAAGGAUUGGGUGUGUAAGUUUGAGAAGCCGCAGACUUCUCCAAACUCUCUGAGCCCCAGCACCACGGUCCUCAGUCCAUACGUCACGUUUGGCUGCCUGUCUGCACGCACCUUCUGGUGGCGGGUGACAGAAGUCUAUCAGGGGAAGAAGCACUCGGAGCCUCCAGUUUCCCUGCAUGGCCAGCUGCUGUGGAGAGAGUUUUACUACGCCGCUGGUGUGGGUAUCCCUAACUUUGACAAGAUGGAGGGCAACCCCGUAUGUACCCAGGUGGAUUGGGACACAAACCCUGAAUAUCUUGCUGCAUGGAGAGAGGCUCGGACUGGUCUCCCUUUCAUUGACGCCAUCAUGACUCAGCUGAGGCAGGAGGGCUGGAUCCACCACCUGGCCAGACAUGCUGUCGCCUGUUUUCUCACCAGGGGAGACUUGUGGAUCAACUGGGAAGAAGGGCAGAAGGUGUUUGAGUAUCUUUUAUUGGAUGGCGACUGGGCCCUGAAUGCUGGAAACUGGCAGUGGCUCUCAGCGAGUGCCUUCUUCCACCAGUACUUCAGAGUUUACUCCCCUGUCGCAUUUGGCAAGAAGACAGACAAAAAUGGAGAUUACAUCAAAAAGUACCUUCCUCUUCUGAAGAAGUUCCCAGCCCAGUAUAUCUACGAGCCUUGGAAGGCUCCGCGCAGUGUCCAGCAGGCAGCAGGUUGCAUUGUGGGUAAAGACUACCCGCAACCUAUUGUACAGCAUGAAGUGAUCAGCAAGAAGAACAUCCAGAGGAUGAAGUUAGCUUAUGCUAAGAGAUCCGCAGAUUCUGCUGAAUCACCAAACGAAUCACCCAGCAAAAAGCAAGGUGUCAAGCGAAAGGCUAAAUCCGUCAUUGACAUGCUGCAAAAGAAAGACAAAAAAUAAUAAUGGUACACAAAAGAAGCUAUAGUUAUACCGCAUUGUGUGGGCUGAAAGCUUGGGACACUUUUUUGUGUAUACAGACAGUGUACUUUGUCUAUUUCUUCUCCUUUAACUAGUUACUGUUUUAUAUUGUAUCUAUGCCAAUAUUUGGUAUACUAAAAAAAAUAUUUCUUGCAUGGAGAUUGAGGUCAAAUGUAUAAGGAUUUAUGGUCUCAUCUUGUAUGAAGACUACAGAUUUGUAAAGAAAUCGGGUUGUAUCUUCAGCACAAGUACUGUUGCACCUUAAAGAUUGAGUCUUUCUUUUUUUAUGGUUAGUUUUUUUAUAUCCAAUAUAAAUAAAUUCAUACAAAAUA